UACCCUUUACAUGGCUCAAUAGUUUAUUAAAAUUUACUCAGCGAAUAUAUGAUUAGGAGUGAUUAUUUACUUUAACAACAAAUUUUGAAGAUUAAUUUUACAAAAAAACAGUUCAGAAUUAUCAAUAAUAAAAAUUUGUGUUAAACGACUUUAAAAUUUAAGUCUUUGCAUAAAGGCACAGUGAGUUUGUAAUCUGACGACUGAAUAUAAGUAGAUAUGCACAUAUACACAAAUAUACACGUCCAUCCUAAUUGAAUAUAGAUAUGUGCAUUUGUUUUGGCUUGUGUAAACAUGAUAUGACUUUCAUUCUGGGUGAACAAAGUAAAUGGUGAAACUUUGGGCUGCGCAAUAGAUACACACGUCACUGUAGUGGUUCAGUCUGUCAGCUGGAAAAUGUUGAAAGAAGAAUAUACAACUCCAUAUUAAUUAUAAGACUACUUAUUUUGGUAAAUGAUCUAGUAGAACACAGCGUGGAUUUUUAAUUACGUGACACCCUUCAAGUCCGAAUUGUCAAGGUACAGCAGAAACAACAAUGGCCUCUAACUUUGAAAAAUUAAUGGAGCCGAUGAAAGACAUUGAUUUUCAGUCAAUGGGACAAGAAGAGGAUAAUGGAGAAGGUGACGAGGCCGCCGCAAGUUCUGUGGAUAUCCAAGUCAAGAAAUAUGACGAUCCUGAAAAGUUAAUUUCGGAGGCUUCUACUACGACCCCGUUCAAUGUACAGGCACUCUACGAAAAGGUCGUCGCCCUAUUUAAGGAGGAGUUACUAAAUGACGAAGAAUGCUACGAUUUUGUUCACAUGCUCAAUUUCAGACUUAGUCUUCAGUCACCAUCAGUCCGGUCUUUGUUUCGCCCUCACCCGAUAAAUCCACAAUUGCUUACAAUAAUUCCUGAACUACGCGACGAAUUUAAAAAAGAGCUAGACGAAACUACAAUAGGCUCAAUCGAACUCUUGAACUAUCUUCGACUAAAUGAAAAAGGAAACAAAAAAGAGUUACCUGUGAAAAAGGAGGAAAUAAAGGUAGACAAGCUUCGCAUCGUUUCUUGGGAUCUGGGCGGUUUGACAGUUAGAUACAAUGCCGCAAGGGUCUUUGCUCUUGAAGAACUGAUAAAAAGGGAGAUGUUCGACAUUAUAUUGUUACAAGAAGUGAACGUAUUUUUUGCGAGAUAUCUUAAAUGCAAGCUGGCCGGGUUAUAUAAAUUCAGUGCUGGUAGAAACUUCGAGGACGAUCAUUUUUACGAGGGAACGUUUACGUUGAUACGUACAGCCACCGUGUCACUGGUCGGGUCCAACAUUGUUUAUUUUGAGAGGACAGGUGAGCUAAGGAGUCUCCUAAAAACCGAGGUUAAAAUCGGUCACACCAAAUUAUGUAUUUUGAACACACACUUGGAGAGCAUGAUUCAUAAUAGUCGCGUCAGGGUUCAACAGUUGCAGAAGUGCUUCAAAAUAUUUCAAGCUAGAGAAGGAGACGCUAAUGUGAUAUUUAGUGGGAGUCUGAACGUCAGGGACUGGGAGUUUAAAUACGUCACUGUUCCUAAGAACGUUCAGGAUUACGAUGUCUGGGUGGCAUUCGGUAGGGAUAAAAAUUCAGAAUGUACUUGGGAUUUGAGGGUGAACAAACUCAUUCAGUUUCCUGAUCUGAACCCUGAUAAAAUAACCCAUUUUCGUCCAUCCCAUGCACAACCAUUUAAGCGGUUUGACAGAAUUUAUUUCCGAGAAAGUAAGAAGAACUUCAAAGUUACGCCAAGAUCUUUUCAACUAAUUGGAAAAGAAAUUGUGGCAGGAGGCAAGUAUUGCAUUAGUGAUCACUAUGGAAUAGUUUGUGAUUUUAACAUUGAUCCAGAAACUUACACAGGUCAAGUAAGGAAUGAUUCUGAAAUUGGUCCAGUGGUCAGUGCUAAAGCUGAUUUGUGGGAUGGUGAAGACCUAGAGGAAACUGGUGCAGAGAAAGUGAAAGACAGUUGGGAUGAUGAUGAUUAAUGAAGAGUAAAUCGAGUGAUCCUUAAUUGGUAGUAAAUCCACCUUUUUAAUCUUGUAAUAAAAUAAAUGAGCUUCCAUAUGCAUUUAUGUACGCUGUGAGAAUA